AUGGCGAACGGGGACGCGGCCGUGGAGGCCGUCGGGAACGGGAAGGAGGAGCCGGCGGCGCGCCAGGCUUCGACGUUCGCGGAGCUGGGUAUCUGCGCGGAGCUAGUGGAGGCGUGCGACGCCAUGGGGUGGAAGGAGCCCACCAGGAUUCAGGCCGAGGCCAUCCCCCACGCGCUCCAAGGGAAGGAUCUGAUCGCGCUGGCGCAGACGGGGUCCGGGAAGACGGGCGCGUUCGCGCUGCCCAUCCUGCAGGAGCUGCUCAGCAACCGGCAGGCCGAGCAGUCUUUCUUCGCUUGCGUGCUCUCGCCAACGAGAGAACUGGCGAUUCAGAUCGCGGAGCAGUUUGAGGCGCUCGGAUCAGCUAUUGGUUUGCGUUGCUCAGUGCUUGUUGGAGGAGUGGAUCGGGUGCAACAAGUGUUAUCCAUUGGAAAACGUCCGCACAUUGUGGUUGGAACUCCUGGCCGUCUUUUGGACCAUUUGACAGAGACUAAAGGUUUUAGUCUUAAGAAAAUCAAGUAUUUGGUAUUGGAUGAAGCCGAUAAGUUACUUAAUGUGGAGUUUGAGAAAUCCCUCGAUGACAUUCUGAGAGAGAUCCCUAAAGACAGGAGGACUUUCCUUUUCUCAGCGACUAUGACCAAAAAGGUAAAUAAGCUGCAACGUGCUUGCCUCAGGAACCCUGCUAAGAUUGAAGCGGCCUCCAAAUAUUCUACAGUAGAUUCACUUAAACAAGAGUUCUAUUUUGUUCCUGCAGAUGACAAGGAUUGCUAUCUUCUUCAUGUUCUGAAUGAGAGGCAAGACAGCAUGAUCAUGAUCUUUGUGCGCACAUGUGAAUCUACUAGGCUCCUUGCUCUUAUGCUGAGGAAUCUUGGUUUGAAAGCUAUGUCUAUCAGUGGCCAGAUGAGUCAGGACAAGAGACUAGGUGCUUUGAACAGGUUCAAAGCGAAAGAUUGCAAUAUCCUUAUUUGCACUGAUGUAGCAAGUCGUGGCCUUGACAUUCAAGGAGUUGAUAUGGUCAUCAAUUAUGAUAUUCCAAUGAAUUCUAAGGAUUAUGUUCAUCGGGUGGGUAGGACCGCACGUGCAGGGCGGUCAGGAUAUGCUGUAUCUUUGGUGAAUCAAUAUGAAGCCCAGUGGUUCGUGCUGAUCGAGAAGCUCCUUGGCAAGCAAAUUGACCAGCGUAAGGUGGACAGAGAUGAAGUCAUGAUACUUAAAGGGCCCAUAUCCGAUGCAAAGAGAAUUGCACUUACGAAAUUGAAGGAUUCCGGCGGCCACAAGAAUCGGAGAAACGUGGGAGAUGACGACGAAGAGGUGGAAGAUCAUUCUCAUUCUAAGAGACUGAAAUCCUUCAAGAAAUCAAACAGACGAUGA